UUCGAAAAGAAGUAAUUCGGGAUAGGGAAUAAGCUAACACGCUCUCAGAUUUCAAAGACCACCGAUUCCUAGGAAAAAAUUCAAGAGCAGUAGACACUCUUCUCUUCCAUUUGUUUACUGCCCAAUAAUGGAUGAGCUAAAAGACGAUUCUCUCUAUCAUCAUUCCAUGCAAAUGCAGGCCCCAAAUCUUCCCUUCACUGGUUUCCAUCAACAGCAACAACUACCCUCUGGCUCUAAUCCCAGGUCCAGUAAAAGACCUGAACAAGAGGCCAGUUUACAUUCUGGCAGUCAAAGACCUGAACAAGAAGCCAAGGAUACUGUAGCUGCAAGAAAAAUUCAGAAGGCUGACCGUGAGAAAUUGAGGAGAGACCGACUUAAUGAGCACUUUAUUGAGUUGGGAAAUAAACUAGAUCCUGAUAGACCAAAAAAUGAUAAAGCAACCAUUCUGGCUGAUACAAUUCAGUUGUUAAAGGAGUUGACAUCUCAGGUCAACAAACUUAAGGCAGAGUAUGCCUCAUUGACUGAAGAAUCUCGUGAGUUGACUCAAGAGAAAGUUGACCUUAGAGAAGAGAAGGCCUCUCUCAAAUCUGACAUUGAGAAUCUUAAUAUUCAGUAUCAGCAAAGAAUCAGGACUAUGUACCCAUGGGUUGCUAUGGAACACUCGGUGGUUAUGGCCCCGACUUCUUAUCCCUUUCCCAUGCCAGUGACAAUGCCUCCAGGGCCAAUUCCUUUGCAUCCAUCCAUGCAACCAUACCCCUUCUUUGGAAAUCAGAAUCCUGCAGUGAUCCAUAAUCCCUGUUCAAAUUUUGUUCCAUUUAUGACCCCUAAUACCCUGGUUGAUCAACAGUCCACUCAACAUGCACCUUCACGUGCACAGCCUGCCACUGGAUCCCAUGUUUCAGGCAAACAAGAUUCAAAGAAUAAAUCAUCAGGGGAGAGCAAGAUUGGAAAAAGUUUGGACUCUAAUGAUGAUGUUACAACAGAGCUGGAGUUGAAGACUCCAGGUUCUACAACAGAUCAGGACUUAUCCUCGGGACAAAUAAAAUCCAAAAAGUCUUCGGGGAAAGAAAAUAGUCUUACAGAAGGGAGUUCUUCAAGCAGGUGUUCUUCAUCUCGCAGUGUCCAGAAUAGCUCCUCUAAUAGCAUGGUUGGUAGCACAAAGGCUGAUGAUUUAGACUAGUGAAACAAUUAGCAAACAAAUGAAAGCCAGAUGGUGGUCAGGAUUAUCAUUAAUGCUAGCUUUUCAUGGACCAGAAACACUAAGUGCAGUUAAAUGCUGGAUGUAAAUGAGAGCUUCUUUUAUUGUGAAAGACAAGUCCAGUAGUAGUUUUAUUGGCAAUAGCUAUACUUGAAAUGUGGAGCCUUAUAUGAAUUGACAUUGAAAGAAGAUGGUGGUUCUAUGGAUAUUUGUUGAAUGUACAUUCUAUCUUGUAUUAAAAGCAAAUCCGUUUACACCAAACCCACAAUUACUAGUGAGUUUAGCAGCACCUCAACUCUACAAGGGUGAAAGCAGUAGAGGUCUUGAUAUUCUGAUAUGAAUGACGCAACCUCGGUGGAUGACAUAAUUGGGGACAAUGACUGAAGCACUUGAAUGUUUGGCAAGGGCUGUAAGUAUUGUUACGUCCCUUGAGCUACGUGCCGCACGGUUAAAGUGUUUUGUGGUGAUAGAAUCACUUUGCCUGUGACAGUAUGCACCUGAAGAGAAAAAUGCGGAGAGUUGAGACAGCAGAAUUUAAUUAUUGAGCGACAUCCACAUGCAUUAUUUCAUGUGUUAAAUAGUCCAAAUUGAGCCAAGACAAAUGCAUUAAUUGGACCCUCCUCCAUUAAUGAAAAGGGAAAUUCCAUGACU